UGACAAACAAAAAAAGGAAGCAUAACAAGUUGACAAACAAAAAGGAAGCAUAAAAAAGCACUUGAGAGAUGCUUCUUGUUGGUCUCAGAAUCUUAACAUAGAUCAGAUGUACUCUUUCUUGAGUUGUCUGGCUGAAAGUAGUGGUUUGUUUGGAGGAAUGAAAUGAAAGAUUAUAACAUGGAUGAUGGGGAGAUAGAGCUUUCGGAUCAUGUUUUGUUACCGAAUCCCGAUUCAUCUGGCAGUUUGCAGAGCUCUGCAUCUGUGGAUUCACUUCUUGAUGAAUUCUUGAAGAAUACGAGAACAUGUACUCACACUCACACUUGCAACCCCCUUGGCCCUGACAUAACUCAUACACAUACAUGCUACCACACACACACCCAAGUCAUUACUUCUGAAGAAGAUGAUGACGUAAACAAUAGAGAGCAUUCCAAUUCUAAAGUAAAAAGGCCAGCAGGAAAUAGAGAAGCAGUUCGAAAGUACAGAGAAAAAAAGAAGGCACAUACUGCUUACUUAGAAGAGGAAGUGAAGAAAUUGCGUAUAUCGAACCAGCAGCUGGUGAGGAAAAUACAGCAGCAGGUAAUCCUUGAAGCCGAGGUUUUGAGGCUAAGAAGCAUAUUGAUGGGCCUGAGGGGAAAGAUUGAUACUGAAUUGGGUGUGUUACCAUUCCAAAAUCAGGGUGACGCUACUGCUGCUUUCAAGGAUGGCAAUUGUGGUGCGCAGUCUACUGGUGGGCCAAUGAAUCUACAGUGUCAGACAGAUUUACCGUGCUUCCAUACUCAUGUAGGAGGUUCGUCUUCGCGGGUUAAUAUUGACGGAAAUGACAAAUUGAUGGAAUCAUGGGAAGGGACUUGUCAGCCUGUGAUAAUAAAUUCUCAGGCUAACAUGGAUAAUAUGGCAACUACAGAAGGACACGCAAUUGACAUGGUGGAAGCCUUGAUGUCAUCUGCCUCUCAAGUUCAAUAACCAGAGGGAUAGAUAAUAUCUGUAAGCUCUUCAGCUCUUUUGAUCUUCCUGCAUCGAAGAUAUGUUGAAGUUGAGAAUAUUGAUCUUGUGUAUACUAAAUUGGAUAUAGGACUUAAAAGGCUGGGGGCCACUGUACAGUAGUAUAUAUGUAUGGUGCUCAAUAAAACUUCAGCCAGAAAGCCAUAUACUUCACGACAGACUUUUGUUUUGAUUAUCUCUAUAGAUUGUAUGAGGAUUAGAAUGUAAAUAUUACUUUUCUUUUCUUCCUUGAUGAAGGUGCAAAGAUGUGGGAAAAAUGUAUAAGCUACUCCUUGGUGAAAAUAGUGAUUGUCCAUUGGCUGAAAUACAACUAUAGCAUGAUUAAGUUUCUGCU